AUCUCUGGAGGAGUGCUCCACGACAAGAUAGGAACCAGGAGGAAAGUAGUUCCAACAGUUUGCUGCGCGAUCUCUCAGUCGUGCGGCCAGAAGGAUGGUUGAAAUACCAUGGAACAGAAACCCGGCUCCAGACUCCCGACCUUCGAGAAUGAAGCCCGUGGCGCCUCCUAUACCGCCGCCGCCGCCACUACCGCCAGCUUCCAAUGCUCCGCUUGAGCCAUGUGCCUCGACUGCAUCGUUGUUUCUCUAUGCUCAGGGUUCGGUGAUUGUAUGCCUUCAUCAUGAUACCCUGGCGCUCGAGCGACGUUUCGAAAACCACCAGGACGACAUCAGGUUUAUCUAUGUGGAUAACGUGAGUGAGCGGGGAGCAGGAAGACUGGUGGUCAGCUACGAUGCCAGCCAGACAGCAAUCGUAUGGGAUCUGUUCACUGGCAGCGUGCUUGCCAGGUUUGCAUCCUUUGAGCAGCUCAAGGUUGCCGCCUGGAUGCGGAACGGAAAUGUCGUCUUUGGCAAUGAAAAGGGAGAUGUCAUUAUAUUCGAACCCUCCACCUCCGAACAUAUCUCUUGUCGCACGAUUUUUGAUCCCAUCACGGCUCUAGCUCCUGCCACGGACUGUCGGACAUACGCUAUCGGAUACCAGAAUGGUUCCAUUAUGCUCGCAACACUUCACCCAACCUUUAGUAUCUUACAUACUAUGACCACUUCGCGAGGACCCUCGGCGAUCAUAUCACUAGCAUGGCAUGCAUCAUCAUCUAAGCAAAAGUCCGAUAUGCUGGCCACUCUGUCGGCCAAUGGUGAUUUGAGAGUAUGGAGCGUGUCAAAGCCCCCCGGAAAAGAGACCCCACGGGUGAUACGAGUCCUCAAGCGGACUGACGGCUCUCCUGCAUCUGAGCCAAAGUGGAUGGCGUGGUCCAAGAACGGGAGGAUUGUGCAGUUCCUUGAAGGGGAAACGUGGGCUUGGGACGUCCGGACAAAGCACGUUACAUACGAGCCGAUCCCCACGAUAGACAAUCCUCGUGGCUUCGCCAACUAUGGGCCAACUGCCACACUCUUCACCCUUGGACCCCAAUACACCGUUCAGCAAUAUGAUGUAGAUAGCCCCGCGAUGGUUGCAAAUGUCCAGCACGUCCCAGCCGGGACUUUGCCAGCAUCCACAGAACAGCCGAAGCUCCGCACCUUGCAGGAUCCCCCCACCAUGAGGGAAUCGGGUGCCGUGGUCAACGCCCGAAGAACGCCGUUCGACACGAAUGGAAUUGAAGCCGUCCGGCAACAGCGCGUCGACGUCGGUAGCCCUGUUCCGAGGAGCCACGCCAAUUCCGUUACCAAUUCUGUUAGCUCCAAGGCAUCAUCAGGGUAUCGGAUGCCAUUUUCGCCACCCAGUAGGUCCGGUCAGACGACCACAUCCUUUUCGUUGACCUCGGCAUCUGGGAGAGAAACCCCACAAGCGUCUGGGGCUUCCUACGCCUAUGCCUCAUCGGUUUCGAUGUCGUCCACCAAAAGCUCCCGCGCCGGUUCACGGCUGAGGAAUGAAGUGCAGCUGAGUCCGACCGAUCAGCCAGCUGACCUAUUUCCGUUUACGCGCGCACGCUUGAACGAUGUACCUUACGGACACCACCAGCCUCUCGAUGAGUCUUGUCUUACUCCAGACGAUCUACGGCAGCAGAUGCUGAGCGUUGUAUUUGGCUUCGACGGGGACAUUGAUGGAUUGAUCAGGGAUGAGCUCAGCAAUCAUCCUCCGGCUAGCCAAAGUGCUAUCCUGCUUGCUCAGUGGAUAGGUGAAUCCGAUACAGACAACAUGACAUCUCUAAUCAGCUCGGGGACAGCCUCGAUCACUGACUGGAUGCUGCUGGCGUUUAGCCAGAUGUCCGGGGAAUCACAGUCUAACAAGGUUGGCCAGGCUUUGGUCCAGAAGUUGCUGGAAAUCGGAGAUAUACACACCGCAGCCACCAUCCUUCUCGGAUUGGGGGAUAGGAAUGACGCCAUAGAAGUCUAUGUUUCUCAGAACUACUUCAUGGAGGCCAUCCUGAUGACCUGUCUGGUGAUGCCUACGGACUGGCAGCGACAAUCAUAUCUGGUUCGCCGAUGGGGAGAGCAUGUGGUGUCUCACUCUCAGCAACAGCUGGCAAUUCGCUGUUUCAUGUGUACGGGCGUCGAGCCCUCCGAGCCAUGGACGUCUCCCGCCGCCCAGCAGGCCACUUCGUUUGCGGAGGUGAUCACAACGCGAUCGCCAUUGGCAUCCCCGGAACCUCCGUAUCCGAACCCGGCGAGCCUGAUGGUUCCAAGCUCGCAGCCUAAACCGGCUGCUAAUGGAAGACCGAUGGCAAAGACGCCAGCUCUCAAGCUCAUCACUUCGUUUGACUCUCAACAGAGCAAUCGGUUCAGAUUCCCCGGCUUGAAAUCCGAUGACAGAACGCCAACCAAUGCCCCGGGAGUGACGCCCAUCGCAGAAUCCGCCGUGAUCGAAUCUGCUCUGUCUCCGGGUGGGCUUGGAUCAUACAAGCUGAACAACAUUCAGAGCAUCAACAAUGCGAUGAACGGACGCACAAAUACCCCUGCGUUUAACAGAAGACGUCUUCCAUCGAUCGGGGAGACACCGAUUGACGUCCAUCCUCCUACAUUCCCCUCGACGGGUUACAGCAAGCCAGUCGUGGACUAUGGGUCGACGUCGGAAAAUGACGAAAGCCAGCCUCAAGAACAAGACGGGAAUGAAGCGGACGACGACGAACAGCUCGGGUUGCUGUCCUCGGCACGCUAUGAGCCCGACGAGUACAAACCAAGCCCCCAGACCGCGGUUCAGGCGACUGCGGACAAGUUUGCCACCAUCAAAGGUCUUCCCUCUCCAGCCGCCGGGGUCUUUGAGGCUCUCAUGGAACGUUCGGACAGCCGAAAUGGCACUCGAGACCGAAAGCCAGAUGGCUUGCAGCUGAACCUUGAUCACGGCAACUCUUCUCAGACCGACUUGCAGGUUCAGUCCGACAUGGCAGCCAGCUUCCGGAGCCCAGCAUCAACGCUAAAUAGCUUUAGUUCCGCAAGGAGCCCCAGCGUGAGCGGUCGCAGUAUCGACCCGUAUAUCAGUAGCCUAAGCGAAGCGAACUACCACGCAAAGAAGUACCAAGGCCAUCGUACUAACGGCCGCGGAAGGCGGAAUACGGAUGACUCGGUCAGUCAGACCUCUACUCGGCGGUAUCACUCCCGGAAUACAUCCCAAGAGACGCGCGGACGACACGAAAGGAGGUAUAUCCCGCCCGCCAAGCGCUCACCCUCGUCACCGGUCCCCAUGUCCCCGGAGGAGCUGGCUCGAAUCAACGCCAAUGCCAACAAACCCUCAUCUCGAACACGGAGCGCGAGCAGAGUUCGCAAACCACGCUCUCGGAACUCCUCUGAGCGUCGUCAAAACCGUUCGGCCAGCCGAAACACGGCGAAUCAGGUCGGUGCCGACAAGAGCGGUCCUGUCACCCGAGGACGCAGCAUGGACCGACAAGGGUCGAGUGCCCGGUCACCUUCGUCUCCGUUGCCUGUUUCCAAUGCCGAUGAUGCGUUGAGGCUCGUCACGAGUGAUCGUGAACGGCUGCGGACCCGCCAGCGGAGCGGCAGUCGUCGUCCGGACAAGGGGAAGGGGGAGACUUAUUCGGAGUCGAAGUGGACCAGAGCGCGAUCUCGUAGUCGUCAGGAUCCUGAAUCACGAGCAGGCGCGGAAGAUGCAGCGGAGGUUGCCAUCACCAGCAACGUCCAGGAUGAUAGUUACCUGACUGGCCACAGCGGUGCCAGGAACAUGACGGCAGAAGUCUCUCGUGAUGUGCCCGCUGCUACCCCCCAGCUUAGUCUUGCUGAGCAGAAGAGAAAGGAGCUUGCCGCAGCCGAGCUUGAAGCACGGCGCCUUUCGCUUGCGCGGAACCCAUCAGCGCCGAACAUCCCAUUCCCCGGCGAGCUGCAGCCCAGUCGCACUCCGCUGGAGAGCCCACCAUUUUCGGUCCAUGCUUUUGCGCCGCGGACUCCUGGUCGAAACCGGGCUGCUACCAACACAACCAAGGGCUCGCCAGAAUACCCGAGCAGCUCCGACUCCAACUCGUCGAGGUCUGGUGUGCCGCUGGGACUGCCUGCGACCCCCAAGGCCAUGCGGCAUCCGAAAUACAACGGCUACGAAGAGACCGCCCCUGUGCCUCCGGUGCCUGACAGCAGCACACUCCUCAGUGAUGCCAAGUACCAAGGUGAGGCGGAGCGGAUCGGCCGUUCCAUGUCGGUCCCAGUCCCAGAGACCCAUCAGUCUGGGGCGGUGCCCACCGAUCUCCCAAUGCAUCCAAGAUUCAAUCCCCGUCUGCCCAGGAGUCGGUCCACCAGUCGCACGCGGGGUAUGGGCCGGCCGGACAGUGGUGGAUAUAGCUAUGGCGGCUCUCCGGUGACUGUGAGCAUCGAGGAGACCAUUGAAAAUGCCAUGGGGAUGCAGGUUGACCCUCCCAUCCUGCCGGAGCUCCAACAUCUGAACCCACCGCCACCACCCCCUCCUCCGGCCGCUCCUUUGGCCUCUCCCCGUGAGUCUUCGGGGACGAUUGACAUUGCCAUUGACAAUGAGGAUCUGGGACGAUUGCUUCCUCGUGCAAUGACGGCUGCGCCGGCUUUUAACAUGGAUGGUCGCCCGGGGCUGGAGCAGCGCCGGAUGUCGUUCGAGCACCGACGGGGACGCAGCGUCAACGAGAGCCUGAGCAGUAAAAUCCGCAAUCUGGCUCGGAUAGGCAGCACCAAGAGCACCGACUCGUGGGUUGCUUCGGAUAUCCCACUACCGUAUGAGAGUGUGAUCAUCGACGGCCGCAUAUAGCAUUGAGUUACGAUUGACGAUAUGUUUUCCCUGAUUCGUUUCUUUCUUUUCUUUCUUUUUCUUUCUUUUCCUCUCAUUGAGCACAGCACCUGUGUUGAUAGUUGACUGGAUACCCUGGCAACACUGAUAAUGAUGGACGUGCAAGGAUCAUACCAGAGCGAUGCACAAUAAUGGCCUUUUCUUUCGUAUCUAAAUAUGGCCUCGGCGAAAAGUCGUU